GAUGGGCCUGGAUUCUGCUUAGCCAUGAUUAUUAAAGUCACGUGUUAUAUGGUUGGUGUUAAGUAUUGUUGUUGUGGUGGUUGUAUUUGUCGUGUACGUGUUUGGUACGUGGAGACUGUU